CAGGAAUUAGUAGCCUAAAACAAACUAUAAUGUCAUAUUUACAUAUAUACAUAUACACAUAUAUAUGAUCUUGGUGCUAUAAACUGAAUAUUAAUAGAUUGCCAUUUAAUCAAUACAUUUGAUCGAGAAAAAGAGAAAAACAACGCUGGAAGUUUUAGUGUCAAAUCACUUGUCAGUGAAGUGAAAAAUUAUUCAACAAAAAUGAUCCUCAAGCAAUACAACAUAACUGUAAACGUUCAGUUUUAUUUGGAGCCGAGACUCUUAUUUUCAUAAUUUCUCAAAAAUAUAUUACUUUGGUGCUGGACAAUAACAUGUUUCUAAUAUUUAGUCCACCUCAUUCACAUAUGCGAAGAGGCAUAUUUUUGCAUCAUUCUGUUGUGGUUACUUGUCAGUAAAGUCCAUUUACUUAGUAAAAUACACCUCCCAUGUUCAUCCUGUAUUCAAAUUUUAAUUAGAACAAAAAGGGGAAAGGUGAUUAAUUUAGGUGCAAAAAAAAUAAAAUAGUUUGACAAGUGACUAUUAAUUAACAACAUCACCGAAUAAUCAAACCUCAUCGUCCUGAUGAAAUAUGGUUUGUUGCUUCACUUUUCUGUAUCAUUCAACAGUGACUUUUGGUGUUUGAGUGAACUGACGCUCCGGUCCCACCGCCACAACGGCGACGGCCUCUCUGAUUGGCCCAAAGUUUUCAGCCUCGGCCAAUCCCCGCGCCGGGCUGCGUGCCAGGGCUCGCCGCUCGACCAAUCGGAGCCCGGAGCGCGGACCGAGGAGGGGGUGAAGAGAAGAGCUCGGCUACUUUUGACGGUCUCCCCUCAUUUGAACCGGUGUCAACAAACAACAACAACAUCGCAUGUUGUCCAGAAACCUCACCGGAGAAACAAAAGCUGACGGUUUGAACCCGAGCAGACGGAGAAACUAGCCUUUAUUUGUGUGUUUCGCUCCCGAACGUCCUCACGUCAAACUCCGGUCCUCCUCCUGUCGUCACGUCUGACUCCUCGCGCGGCUCGUGUCCGUCCCGGGACUCUGGUGCUCGGCUGCAGCUAACCGAGGCUAACCGAGGCUAAACGUCCAGGAAGCUUCGACAAAGGCGGUUUUCAUUUAUUCAUUUAUUAACGGUGCAGGAGCAGCAGCCUCCCCGUCAAGGAGGAGGCAGCGGCGCGGUCGCCGGUGCUGGAGGAAGGAGGAGGAGGUGGACCGUGGAGGCAUGACUGCGUUAGCGGGGUCAAUACCCAGGAUGAUGCGACCCACGCUGGCUCAGAACUACCCCCGCAGCGGCUUCCCUCUGGAAGUUUCCACGCCGCUGGGUCAAGGCCGAGUCAACCAGCUCGGGGGAGUCUUCAUCAACGGCAGGCCUCUGCCCAACCACAUCCGACACAAGAUCGUGGAGAUGGCGCACCACGGCAUCAGGCCGUGCGUCAUCUCCCGGCAGCUGCGGGUGUCCCACGGCUGCGUGUCCAAGAUCUUGUGCCGGUACCAGGAGACCGGCUCCAUCAGACCCGGGGCCAUAGGAGGCAGCAAACCCAAGCAGGGGACGACGCCGGACGUGGACAGGAGAAUCGAAGAAUACAAGCGGGAAAACCCGGGUAUGUUUAGCUGGGAGAUUCGGGAUAAAUUACUGAAGGAUGGGAUAUGUGACCGCAACACCGUGCCUUCAGUGAGCUCCAUCAGUCGCAUCAUGCGGAGUAAGUUCGGGGUCAAAGGCGACGACGAGGAGGAGGACGAAGAUGAAAUCGAGAAGAAGGAGCUGGAGGAGAACGAGCGCAGGGCCAAACACAGCAUCGAAGGGAUCCUGGGAGACAGAUCGAGUCACUCGGACGAGGGCUCGGAAGUGGAGUCGGAGCCCGACCUGCCGCUGAAGAGGAAGCAGCGGCGCAGUCGGACCACCUUCACCGCGGAGCAGCUGGAGGAGCUGGAGCGGGCCUUCGAGAGGACACACUACCCCGACAUCUACACCAGGGAGGAGCUCGCCCAGAGGGCCAAACUCACAGAGGCCAGGGUGCAGGUGUGGUUCAGCAACAGGCGGGCGAGGUGGAGGAAGCAAGCAGGAGCCAAUCAACUGAUGGCAUUUAAUCACCUGAUCCCCGGGGGUUUCCCUCCUUCGGCCAUGUCCAGCAUCCCUCCCUACCAGCUGUCUGACAGCGCCUACCCCCCCUCAUCUAUAGCUCAAGAGACGCACAGCACGGUGCACCGGCCGCAGCCUCUGCCUCCGUCCUCGGGCCACCAGACCUCCGGCGCUGGAGGGCAGGGUGAGGGCGGCUCUGCCUACUGCCUCGCCUCCGGACGCCACUCCUUCUCCGGCUACUCGGACAGCUUCGUGGGCCCCGGAGGGCCGGCCAACCCCAUGAACGUCACCAUCGGAAACGGGCUGUCUCCACAGGUGAUGGGUCUGCUGAACCCGGGCGGCGUGCCGCAUCAGCCGCAGAGCGACUACGCCAUCUCCCCCCUGACGGGCGGCCUCGAGCCCCCUGCCGGCAUGGCCACCAGCUGCAGCCAGCGCAUGGAUCACAUGAAGGGCCUGGAGGGUCUGACCAGCGUUCCCUCCAUGUCGGCCCUGCCCUCCCUGCCCAGCUCGCAGUCCUACUGCCCCCCCUCCUACAGCUCACCGGGCUACACGGUCGACCACGUCGCCUCCUACCAGUACGGCCAGUACGGGCAAAGUAAGGUGCCCUUUCUUAUCUGAGGCCUGAAAUCACCUGAUCACAAGCUUCGGACUUCUCACACGGACAUGUGUGUGUGUGUGUGUGUGUGUGUGUGUGUAUGUGUGUCUGUGUUUGUGUGUGUAUGUGUGUGUGUAUGUGUGUAUGCGUAUGUGUGUGUGUGUAUGUGUGUGUGUGUGUGUGUGUGUGUGCGUGCGUACAGAAAAGGAAGUCAUAUCCGGACCAAACUUUCUACUGCCAUUUACCCGGACAUGUUCUCUGCUGCAUGAUUAAUUCCCUGUGGAGAAAUGGACCAAAAGAAAAAGAAAAAAGACAAAGAAGGGACCACAAGAAGGAAUAUCAGACCAAAAGCUGUUGAUUGACUGUAAACGUUGCUGCAUCAGUAUAGCCGAUGGACAGCAGAGGCGUCAGAGCCUCCUGCGGUUGGUUCCAGGGGAGUUGUGACCGUCGGCCGACCACCGUCCGCGGCACGCGGGCGUCUUCGUGUGGACAACACGCCCGGACCUGACCGCCAGUAUUCGAGCCGACGCUUAAAGGAACAAUGUUUACAUAUCUUAGGGACACAUGAGUACAUAUGAAAUUUCAUGUAUCUCCAACUUACUCCCUGAAUUGUAUCUGCUGAAGGGCGAAGAGAAAAGGGCUUUGUUGAUCUCAUUGCAUUUAUUUGAGAUCUGUGAAUCCCGCACGCAGAGACAAAGAAAACUAAACAAAAAAAAGGAGACAACAAAUCUGUGGGUUUUAUUGUAUCAGAGACUCUCGUGUACACCACAUCUGUACCGCAGGGAGGGUUCAUUCAGACACUCAUCCUACCUCCCUCCCCCUCUCGCCCUCUCUGUCCUUCUGUCUCAUUGAUGUUUCGGACGGUGAGGCCGAGGAUCCCGGCCUUUUGUACUUUUGGAGAGGAGCCCGGAGGAGGUCAGGGGGGCGACUUUAGGGAAAGUGACAGAUGAGAGAGCAGUAGAGGGCGGCGGCGGAGAAGUGGCUGUGAAGGGGUGAGGGUGGGGGGAUAGGCAAGAUCGAUCACAAGGGGUUGGAAAGGAAAAAAACAAGCCCUUUUAAAGAUCCUCUCCUGGUGAGAAAAAGCCACCAGGUCACAAGUCACGGCCGAGAGACACUUGAGAGACGGAGAGAGUUUAGACUAAAGGCGGCCGCUCUCCCAGCUGACCAGAAGUGCAAUAUCAUGUAUCUCAGAGUCGACCUCACCAUUAAAACUGUUGAAAAGAAAAAAAAAAGUCUUAUGAAACGCUUUGGAUUCAUACUCUGGAUCUAGUUUGGAGUUGUGGAACAACACAUGUGCCUUUGGAGGCUUUUGGGUCCAAAGCAAAUAGGAAACAUAGUUAACAUGGCUGUAAUGGUUCACUGAGGGGACCACAUUUGUAAGGACUUAUGUGUCAUGGGGAACAGAAUGAAUCAAGGGAAUAACAACGUAAACAAAAUUACCAGGACUGACAAAGCCAAAAUUGUAUUUUUUUUAUAUAAUGUUUCGUGUUGCUCGGGACCUUUUUUAAAAAAAAAUUUGUUUCCAUUUUGAAAAAAAUAAGCCAGAAGGAAAAAAAAUAUGGAUUAGGUUUCUGAUGCAUUGUGAACAUAUUCAUGUCAGCAGUGUCUUAAUGAACCUUCUCCACUGUACAAUACUUCAUCCAUCAGAUCAGAGAGUGUCUUCACCAGCGCUCGUGUUCUGCCCACGUGUCCAUGUUCAUGUGAUCCAGCCCUUUCAUUCCUCUGAUAUAUUUUUUUUGUAUUAUUUGACAAAGCGAUGUGACAUGUGUCAUGUGUACGAGCGCAUUAUCACUACUAUUUAUAAUAAAAUCAAAAUUCUGAAAAUA